AUGUUUUAUUUAUCUUGGACUUCAGAGAGCAUCGCCUACCUAUUCGACCCCUUUGGUAUUGGAAUGCCAAAGCUGUUCGAUAUGAGGCCAUUGCAAAUCCCACCAAUGGAAAAAAAGGAACAAAUUAUACAGAGUCUAAGUUGUUUUCAACUGAUAACACAUCUUCUUAAACCUCCGUUACGCUUGAUAAGUGGCGUAUUUAUAGAUUCAAUAGUCAAAAUUAAUUGUAAGCGUGCUUGGCAAUACGUGACAUGCAAAGAGACAAUUCCCGAAGAAAGCUACAAGAGACCGGACAGUUCAUUACCGAUUCCAAGAAGAAAUGCAACGAUAGAACUUCUACUUCUCCUUAUACAUAAUGGCUUAAAGCUGGCAUUUUAUACAGAAAUCAGUUUCUUGAAAAGUAAUCACGCGCAUUCAGCAUCAAAUACUGCAAAACGACGUGGUUUUACAUGCGCGAGAAUCGUUGAUCAAUCAGACCUUUUGCUAAUGAAUCUAAACAUUUGA